CUAUACACGCGUCCUAUUGGAUCGUAACAAGAUCGCAGUUCAGACUGCUCCAGAUUUGGUUUACACCUAUUGUAAGUUGUUUACGCACUGUGCGAUGUGGUGGUCCGACCGCCGCCGAGACACUGAGCGGCACGAAGAGCAUAACUUAUAAGAAUGUCCGCCACCACACCAGCGUUCAUUCAAUCGGCUUACUUUGCUUCACCUACCUGCUCAACGCUUCCCACUAGCCCGCAUCCUCAGCAAGCGCAAUCUCCCACACCAAAUUCAAACGGACCCAGGCAAGAUGACGGAUAUCGUUGAACUGCCAUAUGACAUCUUUCUUCACAUCAUUUUGUACCUCCCGCCACGAACGUGCGUGCGAUGCCGCGCCGUUUCCCGCCGAUGGCGCGAUGCCUUCACGAGCGAGCAUACCUCGCAGCUACUUCUGCGCUGGAAUUUCCCGCUGUGCCGGGAACUUCGCCUAAAAUCAGCAGCAGCGUCAAGUUCAUCAUCGUUAGUAGCUUUGCCCAGAAACGUAAAGGCCGAGUUGGUUGAGAUCGCCGAGCAAUCGUACGAUUGGGCGGCGGCCUUUGCCGAGGUGGCACGCCGGUACUUCCACUUAGCCCAAGCAAAGCCUCGUGUCAUUGAGAAGCUCCAGCUCUAUGUCAAGACGCGGGGAAAGGAUUCCGGGGUUUCAUUCUGGGCGGUAGCGCCCUGGACUCGGUUUCUGCGCUACAACAAUCAAACGUCCAGCUACCAUUACCCGGACCCGGUCUGGUCGUACAGCCAGGAAGACGGGGUGCUAGUCUAUCCGGCUGCCGUCGAUACCGACCCUGCUGCGCCGUCGAAAAGGAGAGAGAAGCAAUUCUAUCACAUCCUCGACGUGUCCACGGGACAGCGAGUCCCUGUGCCCUUCGACGUGCAUGCCAAGCACAUCCGUCGAGUCCGGUUGGCGCAAGGCGUGCUCAUAUUCGAAUGGGCCGAUGCGAAGCCGUAUCAACCAGUGAAUCCUUGGGGUCCGGAAAUCCCGCAUCGCCACUUCGCGACGGCCUUCGACGUCAUCCGCAACGCCUCCGGCGCUGCUUCUUGCCAGAGGUGGACGGUCGAGUUUCGGUCCGAGUGGAAGCUGCACAGUCUGCGCUUCCUCGGCUGGCCGGAUGGCGGCUCCGACCGUUUCUUUUCGGUGCACACGGCAACCCACUAUGCUGUGUAUUUUUGGCAGUCCAAAUCUGAUCGCUCACUCUACCAGGAAGACCCCGUCGAGCAGUUGGCCAUAUGGGACAUUUCCUCGCCCAGCCCAUACCGGCCCUCUGAAGACCCAAGAGGGAAUGAACGACCAAUCCAUUCGUCGACAUCGGCGUCGGCCCUGACCACCGGCCUUUGGGGCGGGCAGAACAGUCCAGAUGCUAACACGAUGAAGACCCCAGAGGCACCUGGCCCCCAUCCGGAAGCGCAAAGGGGGCCAUCAGUCUUAUCACUCGUGGCAGCUACCGCUGGUCCACGAGUUAUCCGACGCAUGGUCGGGCCGGACCUUGAUUUCUACGGACUCCGCCAAGGCGCACACCCCCGACUGAGAAGCCUCGUUCUGGAUGACCGGAACCUUUAUAUGAUCGAAGAGGAGCACCGGUGGGCCGAGCGCCGGCACAGCUCUCUCAACCCACCGCGUGCCCAUCUCGUCCGGAGCACGGCGAUUCCCGUGAUUCCGGCGCCAGCCAGCGAUUCUGCGCCGGCUGCUCUCUUUCCCAGCGUCGAUGGGCCGGUAUAUGGCCCAAUCUGGGUGGACACAUGCGGCGCGAACGGGGAUGUCCAUAUGAACUUUUGCCAGCGCAUGGGCUCGAACAGCGCUGCUGAUUCUGGCACGGCGCGCGAGACUCGGCCUCGUCUGCCUGCGGGACACCCAGAUGCCACUGGCCCAGAGCCAGAGCAGCCUAGCAACCAACCACGGCCACGACCAUCGGCCGCCGCUGCGGAUCGGCCUUGGAUCGGCUCCACCGAAUCGGUUCCCCGGCCUGGUUGCGCGCCCUGCUGGCGGCACGAAGAAUUCCCCUAUCUCACCGUCACGGAGAUGGUUGAUUUUGCCGCCGGCGUACGCGUCGCGGCUCGUCAUUGCUUCAUGCUCGAAACCCUGUCAAAGCAUGUUCGACCGGAGGUCUCGGUCAAGGUUACACUGCCGGCAACCGAUCAGCAUGACGACGAUGGCAGUGCUGGGAGCAGCAAGACGAGCGGCAAGCGGCGACCGAGCAGCGCAAGAAGCAAGGAGGUCCUUUUCCACGACGACAUGUGGUCAGAGCUUGUGGGUAAAGGCCAUAUCGCUGGCGAAGAGAGGUGGAUGAUUGGGGAGGAUUAUAAGCGGAGGAUCACGAUUGUGCGUUUUUGAGUUCGGGAAAGACUUUGUCUUCGACCCGUCUUUUGGAACAGCCAGUCUGUACCUCUCAGUCGCGGUGGCUACAGUUCCAACGAGCGCCAACUUUUCAUCCCCUCUGAUGUGUCUUUCCGACUUACCAGCAGAGCCAGGAUCACGAGCAAGCCAUCCGAGACCAU